AUGGGUUUUGGGGGAUACAACGAUGUCUCCAACCACGGACACCAGAAGAAGAAGAAGAAGUACGCCAUUAUCGGCAUCUCCUCCAUUCUUCUGGUGGCCAUGGUGGCGGCUGUGGCUGUCGGUGUGAGCCGCAGCGGCCACGACGAUUCCUCUAACAAGAAUAAUCAAAGUGGCCAGGUGUCCACGUCCAUGAAGGCAAUUCAGGCAAUUUGCCAGCCCACUGAUUAUAAAGAAACCUGCGAGAAGACCCUGUCCUCCGCCGCUGGAAACACCACUGACCCCAAAGAGCUCAUCAAGGUCGCGUUCCAGGUGGCAAUGCGGGAAAUUAAAGGGGCCAUCGCGAACUCCACCGCGUUGAAAGAUCUGGCGAAGGACUCCAGAACCAACCAGGCCUUGGAGAACUGCAAGGAGCUCCUUGAGUACUCCAUUGAUGAUCUGACAGAGUCUUUUGAUAAGAUUGGUGCCUUCGACGUCAGCAAGAUUGAUGACUACACGGAGGACCUCAAGGUGUGGCUCAGCGGUGCGAUCACCUACGAGCAGACUUGCUUGGACGGGUUCGAGAACACGACUGGUGAUGCUGGGGAGAGGAUGAAGGCUGUUUUGAAGACUUCGCAGGAACUCACAAAGAAUGGGCUUGCCAUGGUGAAUGAAAUCUCGAAAUUCUUGUCCGAGCUUCAAAUUUCCGGCCUCAACCGGAGGCUUCUUUCAGAAGAAUCCGAGGGGGAGGGGGAGGGUGAGUUCCCAUCAUGGGUACACGACGGGAAGCGCAGGCUCCUCGCCGCCGCUGCCUCUGCCGGGAACAUUAAGGCCGACGUUGUGAUUGCCAAGGACGGGACUGGCAAGUAUAAGACUAUCAAUGAAUCUCUCAAGGAUAUUCCCAAGAACAACAACAAGACCUUUGUGAUUCACGUCAAGGCCGGGAUAUAUCCGGAGUACGUUGUCCUUGACAAGCACAUGACCCAUGUCAUGGUUAUCGGAGAUGGCCCAACAAAGACCAAGAUCACCGGAAACAAGAACUACAUCGAUGGAACCCCAACUUUCAAGACUGCCACAUUUACGGUGAUGGGAAGCAACUUCAUGGCUAAGGACAUUGGAUUUGAGAACUCUGCCGGAGCUGAGAAGCACCAGGCCGUGGCACUGCGUGUCCAAUCCGACAUGUCCAUCUUCUACAACUGCCAGAUGGAUGGCUACCAAGACACCCUCUACACCCACACCCACCGCCAGUUCUACCGCAACUGCACCAUCAGCGGCACCAUCGACUUCAUCUUCGGCAACGCUGCGGUGGUGUUCCAAGACUGCAAGAUGGUCGUCAGGAAGCCAAUGGAGAACCAGCAGUGCAUCGUCACAGCGCAAGGCAGGCUUGACAGGCGCGAGCCUAGCGGGAUCGUCCUCCAGGGCUGCACCAUCGCCGCCGACCCAUUGUACUACCCGCUGAGGGCACAGAAUAAGGCUUUCCUCGGCAGGCCAUGGAAGGAGUUCUCGAGAACCAUCAUCAUGCAGAGCCAGAUCGGCGACUUCAUCCAGGCCGAGGGGUGGCUGCCAUGGAUGGGUAACUUCGCUCUCAACACUUGCUUCUACGCCGAGAUCGCCAACAAGGGUGCCGGUUCCGGCCAGGCCCAGAGAGUGACAUGGCGCGGCAUCAAGAAGAUCACUCUGGAGCACGCCAAUAAGUUCACUGCUGGAAUAUUCCUUGGUGGCGAUAGGUGGAUCAAGCCCACUGGGGUGCCCUACAGUUCUGGCCUGCUGUAA